UAAUUUGCCUCAAAGGAACGUUUGGUUGCAGGCACACAUAUUGAACAUAACGUCCCACAGCCCAAAUUUUAAAAGGGUAGUUCCUUGGACGAGAAAAGUAAAAAGAAAGCUACGAGGCGAAUGGCGACGGAGGUGGACAGCGGCGGUGGCGGAACCAUAUCCGAACUGUAUUCCAGCUCGAAGAGGCUGUUGCUGAAGACCAGAGAUGCAUUGGAGAGACUGGAGCGUCUCGAAUACACGUCAUCUUCUUCCUCUUCUUCAUUUUCAUCAUCCAAUGCCUUCGUUUCGGGUGCUUCAGAUGACCAGUCCACUGCAAUUAGACGAGAUAUUAUUCAGAUCCAGUCCCUCUGCUCUGACAUGGAUCGCCUAUGGCGUUCAAUCGCCGCCAGGUCCCAACGAGAUCUCUGGAAAAGAAAAGUGGAACAAGUGGCUGAGGAAGCCGACUCACUGAAAGCAAGUCUGGAUAAAUAUGUUUUGAGGCAUCAGAAGCGGACGCAAGAAGCCCAAGAGAGGGCAGAACUACUCGGAAGAGCUAAUGGGGAAUCCUCUCAUGUUUUGAGAAUAUUUGAUGAGGAAGCCCAAGCAAUGCAGUCAGUUCGUAGCUCGUCCAGAAUGCUAGAAGAAACUUAUGCGACUGGUGUGGCCAUUCUUUCAAAGUAUAGUGAACAAAGGGAUCGCUUGAAGGUAUUCUUUUAAAGCACCUACCACAUGGAAACAUACAGAUUUAUCAUGCAUGCAGGCCUAAAUGCUUGUGCAUAUAGGUAUACACAAAAUAGAGUAUCAAAACACAUGCAUAAUUGGAAGUCUUUGGAUUUGAUUGUUAGAUGUUACUGGCACACACCUUUAUAAGAAUGACAUUUGCGGUCUAAGAAUUAUGCAACUUUGUUGAAGAUCUGUGGACAAAGUAAACCGUAAUAGUUGAAUAUAUACAUUUUAAGAACUCGAUGCGAAUGAUUAUACUGAUAUGAUUUAAAA